UCGAGAAAAAAAAAAAACGCGAACAAACGGUGACCUCCCUUCUUUAAAGAAGGAAGAUGCUCGUACGGUCUUGCUCCUCUUCUUCGUGGCCGGCGGCCGGAGCAACCGUAGCCGCGCGCGCCUCCGCUAACCCUCCUCCUCUUCGCUCCUCCUCCCCUCCGCCCAGGCCCGGCCGCAAGGCCAUGGACUCCGCCGCUGGCGCUGGCGCCGGCGCCGCCCGGCGCCGCGUCCGCAUCGCAGUCGUCGGCGACGUGCAUAAUGAUUGGGCCCUUGAGGAAGAUUCAAAGGCUCUCCAAUUUCUUCAGCCGGACUUGGUACUUUUUACAGGUGACUAUGGUAAUGAGAAUGUUCAACUUGUCAAAAGCAUUUCAGACCUUCAUUUUCCAAAGGCAGCAAUUCUCGGCAACCAUGAUUGCUGGCACACACAUCAAUUCUCAGAUAAGAAGGCAGAUUGUGUUCGGCUUCAGCUUGAAAGCCUUGGUGAGCAGCAUGUUGGGUACAAAUGUUUGGAUUUUCCAACAAUAAAGCUGAGUGUUGUUGGUGGACGACCAUUUUCUUGCGGGGGUGAUAGGCUAUUUAGACCACAGCUUCUGUCAAAAUGGUAUGGUGUCAAUGAUAUGGCCGGAAGUGCAAAGAAGAUAUAUGAUGCUGCUGCAGGUGCACCAGAGAGGCAUUCUGUCGUAUUGCUUGCACAUAACGGGCCAACAGGUCUAGGUUCAAGAAUGGACGAUAUCUGUGGGAAGGAUUGGGUACCCGGUGCUGGUGACCACGGUGAUCCAGAUCUCGAACAGGCCAUUUCAGAUCUCCAGAGGGAAACCGGAGUUUCCAUCCCUUUGGUUGUGUUUGGUCACAUGCACAAGAGCCUAGCGUACGGGAGAGGCCUGAGGAAGAUGAUCGUAGUUGGAGCUAACCACACCAUAUAUCUGAACGGAGCAGUCGUGCCUAGAGUGAAAUACGCGCAAGCGCAACUGAGCAGCCCUACAAUUCCCAGCUACGAGCAAAACCAGCUUGAAGGAUCUAGGUUCACAGCUCCAACGCUGCUUGCAUUCACCAUUGCCGAUCUCUUUGAAGGGCGUGUCGAGAAGAUCUCCGAGGUCUGGGUGCUGGUGAGUGGUGCCAGGACCGAGCUUGAGGAGGAAAUCGUCUUGUAUAAGCAUCCACGAGAGCAUAUGUGACAUGCAACCAGUAUCGAAGUGUUUGUACGUGAAUGUAAAUGUGCUAUGGCGAUGCUGAAGUUGUUAGAUGACCAGUAUAAAGCGACCUUCUUUUUUUUUUUGGAGCCCAGUAUAAAGCGCCUUGUACCAACGGAAAGCAGCACUUACUGAGCCUGUAACGUGCUCGUGUUCGUUCUCGAUGUUUGUAAUCAGCAAACUUUUCGGAAGAGUUUCUUCUGAAGAGCUGAAGAAAAACAUGUCUCGCCAUUCAAAGAA